AUGGGUGGCACUUCUGAUAAUAUAUUCCAGCCAGUGGCAACUGACGCUCCACCUUCUGUGAUUGGCUCGAGACAGGAUCACCCAGUCCCAAGAUUGGGAGUCCAACCUCAGCAUGCCCCCAUCUCAACCAACAAAUUCUAUGCAAAUUUCUUCCUAGGAAGUCAAACUGCUGGAACAUGGACUCAUCCAUAUUCCGUCGCAUGGUCCAAAGGUGGCGGUUCAACGCAAAGUUGGGGCAUGUCAAUUUCUCAUAUUGAUGCGGAUCAGAGAGUCUAUGGACCGAAUUCGGCAGCAACCCCUGUUCAAUACUUCAUCAAUCCAAUUGGCAUCCAAUCACUGGUUCUUUCUGCCGUGGAGCUUGGAGCAUCGACUACCCUCUCAAUGGAUACUCUCACUGCUUUCUCAGCAAGCGUUAAUCUUUUGCCAAGUGCGGGAGCUGCUCCAGCAAUCACUUUUCCUCUUGUUCAAGGCAUGGGCUUUGUGACGGGAAUUUACAAUGGAGGUACUCCUGUUAUUCAGACUGGCAUUUUCUUCCGUUCAAUUACGAAGGCCACUUCAAACCCCAAGCCAGGUAUCACAAAAUACACAAUCAUUCUCGAGGAUGGCAAGACUUGGUUAUUGUACGCCUCUGGAAAUCCCAUCGAUUUCACAGUAGUUAACAACGGACUUGCUCAGGCAACCUCGAAUUUCAACGGCUUUAUUCAAAUUGCCAAGAGCCUUGGUGGAGAUUUCGAAGCGCUGUACGAUGCUGCUUGCGGUGUUUAUGCUACGACUGCCACUCUUUCAGGAAGUGCAAAUGGUGCAAUUGGUUCCUACACUUUGUCAUUUUCUAAAGGAGGCUUGGUAAACACAGCACUCCUUAUGUUCGCACUUCCUCACCAUACUGAGUCGUUCUCACCGCAGACGGCAUCCGCUGCUACCAACCUUCAGUUACAGACGACCACUAAGGGUCUAGCUACAGCAGUGGUAGCCGAUUCAUGGACUAUGGUAGAGAAUCUUCCAACCACCAUGGGUUUUGCUCCUUGGAGUCCAUCAACUGGUGCUCAGAGGCUCCCAUUCUCAGCUGCGACCAUUCAGACCAUUCUGAGCGUUGCACAAAGUGAGAUCUCGCAAAACAUGAGCGCGCAAUCGAAUCUCAACUCCAUGUACUAUAGCGGAAAGGCACUUGCAAAAUUCGCCGGCAUCGUAUAUACAAUCCAUGACCUUCUCGGCAAUUCUGCCUUGGCAGAAGCAGGUCUCAACACCCUCAAGCAAUCCUUCGCUGUAUUUGCAAACAAUAAGCAGCAAUUCCCACUCGUAUAUGAGACAGCCUGGGGAGGUGUAGUAUCCACUGCCUCUUACGCCACCGGAAACUCUGGGGUAGAUUUUGGCAAUACGUAUUACAAUGAUCACCAUUUCCAUUACGGCUACUUCAUCUACGCCGCCUCGAUAAUUGGCACCCUUGACCCGACGUGGCUCAAAGCAAACAAAGCCUGGGUCAACACCCUCGUCCGGGACAUUGCGAACCCCUCCCCGCUAGACCACUUCUUCCCCGUAUCGCGGAACUUCGACUGGUAUCACGGCCACUCCUGGGCACACGGCCUCUACGAAACCUUCGACGGCAAAGACGAAGAGUCUUCCUCCGAAGACGCGAUGUCCGCCUACGCGCUGAAACUCUGGGGUCGAGCCAUCGGUGACUCGAACUUGGAAGCCCGCGGCAACCUCCAGUUGUCUAUCACCGCGCGAAGUCUCCAAAACUACUUCCUCUACACCACCACCAACACAAUCCAACCGCCCAACUUCACGCCCAACCGCGUCUCCGGGAUCCUCUUCGAGAACAAAAUCGACCACGCCACCUACUUCGGCGCCAACCCAGAAUACAUCCAAGGCAUCCACAUGCUCCCCCUCCUCCCUUGCUCAACAUUAACGCGCACACCUACGUUCGUGCAGGAGGAAUGGGAUACGUAUUUUAGUAAUGGGAGAGCAGAGAAGGUUGUCGGCGGCUGGAAGGGGAUCUUGAUGGCCAAUUAUGCGAUUGUGAAUCCGAAGGCGGCGUGGAGCUUCUUCGCCAGUGGGGCUUUUGAUGAGAGUUGGCUUGAUGGCGGGGCGAGUCGGACGUGGUACUUGGCUUUUGCUGCUGGUCAGUCUUCUCUUCCCCCCUUUUGUUCGUUUGUUUUUGCCGUUUGGGAUUUGAAAAAGGGGCAUGGCUGA